UGGGUGCUGGGGGUGGAGUCCUGUGGAGCAGCAAUAGAUUUAGGAGGUGAGGCUCUGCUUUCCCAGAGCACAGCUUAUUGAUGCAUCAGCCACUCAGCACUCAGCAGACUGUGUUUGGCCUCUGGUGAGAGGCAUGUCUCUGUCACCAGCCAGCUUGGGCCCAUGAAGGAGCAUCUAAUUCCAUAUGGAAGGCUGAGCUGGACAGGAAGAGGUUGUCUGGAAUAAGGCUCAUCCUGCCUGAAGGGGAGCAGUGAGUACUUCCUGAAUGACACACAGAGCACUAUGUCACUGGCCUCCUGGUUCCGGUGGAAUGAGCCCCCAAGCCGCAUUUCCCAGAGGAGCCCCACAGAAAUGGUGGUGGAGACGCUCAUGAUGGAGCUGAGCUGGCAGACCAAGCAGGCAGAGAAGCAGCAGCGAGAGCGAGAGAAUGAGUAUCGCAAGAUCAAGACUGGGGUGGACUACGGCUGGCUGGUCAGCUAUCCAAAGCAGAGCUAUGAUAUCAGCCCAGGAGAGCGCCUGCAGCUGGAGGAUAUGUGUACCAAAAUCCACCCUUCCUACUGUGGGCCUGUCAUACUCAGAUUCCGGCAACUCAUUGCUGAAUAUGAACCAGAAGUGCAGGAAGUAUCCCGGCUCUUCCGCUCUGCCCUGCAGGAAGCUGCUGAGAAGAUCAAAGAAGAGGAAGAGGCCAAGAAGCUUGCCAGGCAAUGGAACACAAAGAACAAAACCAGCCUCUCCUUAACAACAUUCAAAUCCCGGUCCAGGAUUUCCCCGUUCAUCAGUGACAUCAAGACCAUCUCUGAGGAUGUGGAACGGGGCACCCAGCCCACCAGGAGGGUUUGGAGCAUGCCAGAGUUUCGGAAUGCCAAGGAUUACUGACUCUAUGUUGAAUAAGGUUUUUAGAUCCUUCACAAUCCCAGUUAACUCUUUUCUAGCUCUACUCUUUGUUCCUUCUCCCUGCCUGUCUCUUCUCUUGGAAGCUGUGUCCAUAGUAACUGCUGCUGAUGCCCGCGGUGUGUGACACAAUUCAUGACCAAACAUGCUAGCCUUUCCUUUAAUUUAGUAGCUAAUCAGUAACCUUAAGGGCAAGGCUCACUGACUAUCCUCUUUUUAUGGCUGCUUUCUUGUGGAAAAUGAAUUCUUUUGCGAUGUCUGUCUUCUCCCUUUCCCCCCUAGCUUGGAUGUAGUUAUCUAGAAAAGGUUUUGGCACAAGCUAGUGAGAGCUGCUGGCUGGACCAAUCUUGCUGAAAGCAAGACAGCCACUUACAUGAGUAAGGCUUGCAGGAUCAGGCCUGUGAGUUAAAGCUACUAUCUGAUUUGGAACUGAACUUCCUUUUCCAACUAAUAACCUUCCCCAGUGCUACAGGAAACUUCACAGGUAACCUCAGCACUGCUCUUGAUCAGCUUUUUGCUGACAACUCACAAUCCAACCUGAGUAGAAACAGACCCCAAGCUUUUUGAGAUGAAAGACCAAUAUUAUUCCACAGCAAUGAGUUUAUGCAUGCUCAGGUUUCUUGGGUAUUUUCUCUUUUGUGCAGGCAGAACCCCCUGAACCUCACACCUGCAGAGUAGAUAGAAAGGUAGCAACCUGCUGUGUAGAUAUACAGGCGGAUACAUCAGCGCUGGGUCAGAUGCUGUUCUUGGUCCUCAGUGUUCUGUGUUGCUGAGGUAAGUGCUCCACGCCACAUCCCAGUAAUAAGGCAGUGGGCUGAAAUUAAUGUUUAUGUCUAAGCCUCAAAGAGUACUAAAGUGUAGCAUCCAUGUACAGAGGCUCUUUGUACAGCUGAAAUAGUUGAGAUCAUUUUAACAACCUCCUGCUGUGAGUGACUGAAGGGCUCUGGUAGAUGAAGGUUUGUUCUGUUUUCCCUCACGGGUGCUCAGAAGAGAGCUUUUCAGUAUCAGAGGCUGUUGGCCAGAGGGUUGAUACUAUUACAAAGGAACCUAGAAAAGAGAGGAUCCCAUCAAUGCAGGUCAGUAUCUCGCAGGUAGUGCCAGCAGGAUGGUGCCAGACUCUUUUUAGUGUCCAGCAACAGGACAAGGAGCAAUGGCCAUAAACUGAACCACAACAAGCAUCACCUCAAUACGAGAACUUCUUUACGUGAGGGUGGCAGAGCACUGGCACAGGCUGCCCAGGGGGGCUGUGGAGUCUCCCUCUCUGGAGCCAUCCCAAACCUGCCUGGACACGUUCCUGUGUGCCCUGCUCUGGGUGGCCUUACUUUGGCAGGGGUUGGACUGGAUGAGCUCCAGAGGGCCCUUCGAACACCCACCAUUCUGGGAAGCUUUAGUGUGAAUGGAGUAGCCUGUAGGCCAGUGUGGUUCUGCUGGGACCUUGCAGAAACAGGAAAACUCAGCUGAAGAAAAGCUACUAGGGCCCUAAUUCAGCAUGUGUAGGGAGAGCUCUCACCAACAAAGGAAAGAGAAUAGGACACAGUGAAAGUCCUGGGUCCUAUGGAGAAGCCAAGGGCUGGGAUGCUUCAUGGUGACAGUGGGAGAUGGGGAAGGAAGAUAGGGAUUUCCCUGUGUGACAGGCUUUUGGAGAAUCAUUCCAGUGGGGUAGAGCCUCCUGGAGGAUCUUGGAGCUUUCUUGUUCUUUUGUCUGUUUCCAGCUCUGUUCCCUGGGGAUCUUUGCAGGAGUGUGUGGGUAUUACAGCCAAGAUAAAACCCUCUGAAGCUGUGCCAACUCUGGGAAGAAUUCCAGUACUAGAAAUGUGCAGUUUCCUCCAGAGAUGGGGAGGGCAGCAUAAAAACCAAGAUUGAGAUCAAACCCUUAAGCAAUCUCUAGGACUGUGGGAUUCUGGCUCUUCCUCUCUCCCCUCAGGGACAUCUAAAAUUGAAGACAAGGAUUUCUUACUAGCACCAGGCUGUAGUUUCUAGUCCCUUGGUAAAACACAGCUGUCAGCAACCCUCCUGGGGACAGAAAGCAGAAGCUCACUUUAAAUCAAAACCUCAGGGCUUCCAAAUACAGCAUCCAGUUUGGGAUGGGCUAUUUCACCUCUAGGUUGGUGAGGGAGAGUUUAAAGCCUUCUGACAAUCAGCUUGGUGGUUUUCAGCUGUAUGUCCUUGUGAAGUAAUGUGGUUGUGUGUUAUGAAGUAAAAACAAAGGCCUGACAUAGCAUAGCCUUAGUUGUCUAAAAGAUAGGGGAUCUCUAGCAAGAGAUUGCCACAAUUUGCAUAAGAAUUCUUAUUUGGGAAAAAGUUAGUAAUAUAUAUAUAUACAUAUACACACACACAUAUAUACAUACAUAUAUAUGUGUACAUAUAUUUGCAGACCACUGGUGUGGUACCAAAGGCUGAAAUAAUGAGUUUCAUGCUACAGCUCUGUAGUAAUUUUAUUUGCACUCGCUUUUGACACCUUCAGUAUUGAUGCAAUAUUUGAUGGACUGCUGGGAGAGACAGGACAUUCUGACACAGAGCUCUUUGCUACAGCACAGUGUCUGUAACCUGCUCACUCUUUAAGGAAAAUCAGGAGUAACUGACUUCCUUUCACCAAUGUACAAAGCCAAGGAAAAUCAUUGGAAGCGUGUUCACACUAUCACAGCAGCCUGUGAUCAUACUGUGUCCUUCUUAACCACCUCCAGCUAGCAGGUACCAUUGUCCUUUAACAGCCAGCAAAGGGAGACAACUGUGACCUUUGGUCAAAGCCAUGGAUGUGAGAGGCCAGGCUGCAGCAGUGCAGUUCUGCCUCAACUUACCUAUCAUUUCUAUUUCCUCAAUAAAAUGUAAUCCAAGCUUGUAAACAGCAUCAUUCUCCCUGUACCUCUCUUCUGCAAGUUCCACUGGGCUCACAGUAACAUCUGAUGAUAAAGGGAUGUUCAGAUACCAAACUAUGAGGUUUCUGUUCUCGCUAUGUGCUAUCUAGUACUCUUAAAAGUAUAGAAGUAGUGCUGUGUUUGCCUGUAAGCACACUGCUUGGAGACUGAGCAACCUUCUGUACUGCAUGUGCACCAGGAGGUGUGAAGCAGAGCCGGGGAGGGGGUGAGGAUGCACGACUACUGCAGUGGGCUUAUGGUGCUCCUUCUUCUUCCAAAUGCUGUAGACUGAACCGUAGAUGAUCCUUUGGUCACAGCAGGCAGCAACAGCUAUCAACUCCUGUUUCACUUGUCUUUGUGUGGCUAAAUUAGCAUUUUAGUUCAAACAGGAGCAUGCAGCUCCUGACUGUCCCCACAUACUGUGCUAUGGUCCGUGGCACUGAGCAGGCACAGCAGGAAAACAAGAUUGCUUUUGGAUGAAGCUAACCCAUAUGAUCCAUAGCAGCUGACUCACAAGCCACAGAGUUGGACUAAUGCUGGUCUGAAAGAAACCCUCAUGAAACGUGUAGUGUCCUCACUGACAACUGUCCAGCUCCUCCUGGGCUGCACUACUUGCUAGUGCAGGAAAAGAAACCUACAGCCCAAAACAUUUGAGACUGAUGAGACUCUCUGAUCAGUUCUGAGCCCCUCCUGAGGGCGAGUCCAGCAUCUUAAUUCUUUAAAAAGAAUAAAGAAGUGAAACAGCAGCACAACAUCACAUAACAAGUGAACUGAACAAGAAUGAUUGUUGGAAUAAGAGGAUCUUAAGGUCCUUUCCAACCCUACCUAUUCUAUGAUUCCAAAUCCUGUCUGUUCUCUCAAAACUGAGUAAGGAUUUCAGAAUCAGCCUAACUGCUGAAGCAUUAACACUAUUCAAAGGACAUUGUUAGACCUAGGAAAAAAAGCCAUCCUAGACUUACUACACAUUCUAACAAGUAAUGGCAACAAGUCUAUAGCAGCUGAGCUGCAGUGCUCAGCUUCAAGGGGCUAAGGCUCCUCGGAAUCACUACUCACCUGAGAGAGGCUGCACCCCUGCUUCUGUGGCUUCUAUGGACAAGCCUGACCCAGAGGCUGUGACAAAGGUGUGAAGGAGGUGAGGUUCCUCACCCAUAUCACAUGUAGUUCAGAGAGCUGUGAUGCCAUGGAGAACUGGAGUGCCACAAGCAAUACCUGCCUGCUGAGAUUGCACUGUUUAUACAUUUCAUCAUGGAACCUCAGAGAAUUAAAGCAAAGCUGUGGAACAGAAACCAUGUUUUCGGACUUGUUUUUAAUUAAGAAUUUGCAAUAUAAUCUGUCCACAUCUAGCCCAACACAACUGCACUGUGCACAUAGCAAAGGAGGAAAGGAAGAACAGUAAUGGCAGUUGAACGAAACAAAAAGCUUCAUCCUCUCUCUACAGGCUAUAGAUGCAGCCACUCACCUUCUGUCUUGCUGCCUCUGCCAACAGAUCCCAAGAUUUAAGGUGAGAAAUAAUCAGGAUUAAACAACGGCAAAGGUCUGAAAUUCUCUGAAGCUAAGUUGCAACCUUGCAUCAGUCUUCACCAACAUGCUUCCAAGCACAUCUUACAUUAACCCCUAUUACCAUGAAAUGAGAAGCUCUAAGUGACUUUUGAGCCACUCCUGUUGAUUCUGUACCUGAUGCUGGGUAUUAGAACACCUUAAUACUAGCAACGGCCCCAGGUGGCUCCCUGCUAAGCAUCAAACAUGCAAAGCACACAUAUGCUAAACAAAAGGAAGUGCUUUCUCCCCACAUAAAGUAUUGCUGGAGUAAUGGAUUGCAUUGCUCAGCACAUUGUGCAGGUCAGACAGAUGAGAGGUUUGGAAAGAAGACUGUUGAGUUCAGAGGGUUAGUAAACCACAGUGGUCAGGAUGCAACCUACAGCACAGGAGUAAACCACUCCUUGCAGAAGCUGUGGACAACCAAAUCUCUGUGUUGUUGCUUACACUACUUCCCAAAACUUUGCUGCAGGCCUGUCCCAGCAGGAAAACCAUAGAUGGCUAAGCCUUGACUUGAUGGCUAUUCUGAUACUCCUGCUGCCCCUCCCUGAUAAAGGAACACUGCAUUUUAGUUUAGCCCAAAAAGCAUCCUGAGAAGCACUGGAGUGCAUGAGUCAAAGCCUGCAAUAAAGGAAAGGUUAUUAGGCUUGUGGAGGGCAGAGACAUCAUGAUCUUGGCACCUGCCUUUCCCUGAUACUGCCGCCUAUGCUAUGGGCUGUCAGCACAAGGGACCUCCUGUUCCCUGUGUGUCUUGUCCCCAGACAAGCCAUGUUUCAAGCUGGCUCACAUCAGAAAGAUCCCGUACUGCCUUGAGAGCUGGGUCUUGGGCCCACAUCUCCCAGUGACUACCAUGUAUUUCCUGUGCAGUUGGCACACAAAGAUACUCUCAAACUAAGGGAAAAAUCUUAGCAGGAUGAGAUCUUAAUAAGCAUGAUAGAAAGAUGAGGAAAAGGGCUACAAGAAGCACAGUGCAUUAUGUGGUGACUUGGGGUUAUCUGUGUAUACUGUACCCUUCAUGAACUCUCAGGAUCUUGGCUAGAUAACCAGGUUAUAGCAUCUCACCUCUGUAUUUUAGUCACUUUUGUAUCACCAAAGCAAUCCAGUCUGACCCAGUACUUGAAAUCACAGGGCAGCAUUAAUAAAUGUUCCCCAUAAAAAACACAUAAUUAGAUCUUUGCAGGCUAAUUAUAGGUUUCAGAAUAAGAAAGUGCAAAGCCAGUGUCCAAAGGUUAAAAAGAACUCAAUUUCCAUGACUGUCCAGCUGGACAGCAAUGCCUCCUGCCGGCAGAAUCCCCAGCAUCCAUAAGCCAGGGAGCAGCUUUCUAACAAAUACAGAUUCCUCACUGAUGCUCCCUUUCUCUCACAUCACUGUCACUCAAGGAGCAGCUCCUGUGUGGAGAGCCAGCUGAACACAGCUUAAACAUUGUGCCUCUGUGGUCAGUGGUCACUCAUCAGACUGGAUAUUAAUGAUGUUCUUCACACUGCUUGGAAAGGCUUGAAACACACUUCCCUCAGAAAACCCUGGGUGUUUCAUACUCCUCAGGAACCACAAUGUAAGACUGAAAUUGAACAGGCAGGAAAAAAAUACCUGUUGUCACCGGGCAAAUGAACCAUCAUCUCCACACUGGCUAGUGAUUGUGGUGAUCCGUUUUGUCCAGAGGCAGAACUAGACGGCUGCCAAUGACUAUUGCCAAUGAUUUUAAGAAGCAGCUCUUUGAAAGCUCAUCACCUUAUAGCUUCAAAUACAAGCAAGUUGCAGACUGGAGGACUUUAUGCUCAGGACCUCGUAUCCUUCAGAAGAACCCACUACCACUUAAACCCAGCCAUUCCAUGGAGUGCCCAAAUGACACUGGAACUCCCACCCUUGAUUGCUGAGCAAGAACAACGUUGGAAACUUGUCCCUAAAUACACACAGCACAGACCAGGAGUACCCGUGCAUUUAACGUGUCCUACAAAGCGGCUGAGCUCCAUCCAGUGGUCAAGGCCCACACCCGCACCUCAACAGGACAGGUCCAGCAGGUGAAACCCAGGGCAAGUUCCUUCAGCCUCUCUGACCUCUGCUUUUCCCCUGAAUCAAGAGCUCACUCAGUUCUCCCCGCUGCAGAGGACUGGGAAGCUCACAUAUUCCUGCAGCGUGAAAGAUCCAAGGACAUCAAAUGUGCAACAGCAGAACGCUCUUGAACAGGGAUUAAAAUCACAGGCCCUGCUCAGCACUGCGGGUUCAGCAUCUUGGCUCAGAGGAGGCAAGUACUUCCAAAGCAUUUAUGCUUAUGUUCCCAUCUUGAUCUCUUGUACAUUUCUGCACAGGCAAAGGAGUCAAGUUCAGGCAAAUCAUGAAGGAAAUGAGUAAUAAAGAACUGCCCGUGAGAAUUGGCUGAAUCAUGUAA